AUGUUUCUAAUCGAGGUUCUACAAUCCGUACGCGUCUUCACCACGAACUCGAGCUGCAAAACCAGUGAGUCAGAGCUAUGUCGCGACGAGUCAACCGCGUUAGUUCUAAAAUUCGUGGCGAUGGCAUCAAUUCUAGUAGCGGGAUUUUCCGGAAUCGCGAUACCGCUACUAGGAAAGCGGCGGGGAUUGUUGCGAGGCGACGGAGAUAUUUUACCGGCGGCGAAGGCGUUUGCGGCGGGAGUGAUAUUAGCGACGGGGUUUGUUCACAUGCUUAAGGACGCGUGGGAAGCACUGAACCAUAGUUGUUUGAAAACUUACUCGCACGUGUGGUCCAAGUUUCCAUUUGCCGGGUUUUUCGCGAUGGUGGCUGCGUUGUUUACUCUUUUAGUUGACUUUAUUGGAACACAAUACUAUGAAAGAAAACAAAGGGUUACACGUGGCGGUGUGGCCGUGCAACACGGAGAGGUUGUUGAUGCGUUGGAGGAGGAAUUGUUGGGAGAGGAAAUCGUGGAAGUUAAGGAAGAGAGUAGUAGUGGCGGUGGGAUGCGUGCACAUGCGUCAAACCAUGGACAUUCCCAUCAGAACCAUGAUGAUCAUGAUGACGUGGAAGGUAGUAUCCGCCAUGUGGUUAUUUCGCAGGUAUUAGAACUUGGAAUAGUUUCACAUUCCAUGAUAAUUGGGUUAUCACUAGGAGUUUCACAAAGUCCAUGCACAAUGAGACCCUUAAUUGCAGCACUAUGCUUUCACCAAUUCUUUGAAGGAUUUGCACUGGGUGGAUGCAUAUCAGAAGCCAAAUAUAAGACAUCAUCGGCAACAAUAAUGGCAUGUUUUUUUGCACUAACAACACCACUUGGUGUUGCAAUAGGGACAUUAGUUGCCUCGAAUUUCAAUCCUUAUAGUCCAGGAUCUCUUAUAACGGAAGGUAUAUUGGAUUCUUUUUCAGCUGGAAUUUUAGUGUACAUGGCUUUGGUGGAUUUAAUAGCUGCUGAUUUUCUUAGUAAGAGAAUGCGUUCUAGUUUUAGGCGUCAGAUUUUGUGUUUUUGUUUGCUUUUCCUUGGGGCUGGAUUUAUGUCAUCACUUGCACUUUGGGCAUGA